UUGCUCUCCCCAGGUCACUCAAGAUCUCUUCGGCAGGAGCCGACAUGGCGACAGCACACGACAGAGCAGUUUUGCAAAGCAUAUUCCACCCCAAUGCCCCUUUUGGCGACAUCUCUGCUGAGCUGGAGGAGCAGGAGACCCUCAAUGGAGAAGAAGCAACCUUUGACCCGGAGCUCCUGGAACAAGCCACUCAGCUAGAGAUCCAGGGCAUUGAAGCUGCCGAAGCUGGAGACCUGCAGAAGGCCUUGGAGAGAUUUGACCGGGCCAUUCAGCUGCUACCUGAGCGAGCCGCAGCCUACAACAACCGGGCCCAGGCCUUCCGCCUCAAGGGCAACACAGCAAGUGCCCUGGAGGACCUGGGUAUGGCACUGCAGCUUAGCAGGGGCAUUGGCCGCGUAGCCUGCCAGGCAUUUGUGCAGCGAGGGCUGAUCCAGCGCUUGCAAGGCCACGAGCAAGAGGCCCAUAGUGACUUUGAGCAAGCGGCCAGAUUGGGAAGUGCCUUUGCCCGUCGUCAGCUGGUCCUGAUGAAUCCGUACGCAGCCCUCUGCAAUCAGAUGCUCUCCGAAGUGAUAAAGAAACUGAGCAGCCCAAGCCAAGAGCCCCAGCUGGAGGCUUCCUCCGGGGAGAAAGUGUGUCGCUAAGGUCAAACGAGGGCUCAGCCUGCAAUUCCUUUCCCAAAGGGAAGCUGGGGGUGCUACUCCCCACCUUUCAAGCUCCAAGGAUAAGAUAAAAACAAUGUUCCAUUGGGUUAUGGUCCGGAAUAAACUAUGCAAAUUAAGCACCCUGAAAAACCUUUGUAAUAAGUUUUGUUUCUUUCUUAAUAAAGAUCUCUGUGACAAAAUUGUAA